CUGUGAAAAUUUGAAAAUAUAACGCUGAUUUUUGUUGUUUGGCUUCUGAAUUAACAUAGGACAUGUUCCUGUAAUCGGACCAGUCGCUUAUUAGAACCAAAGCAAUCGCUUCCCGAUGUGGUCCUAUUAACCGGAAUCGACUAUAUGUGAAAUAGAUUUCACCUUCAUCAUCAAAUCUUCUUUUUAAUAACAUUGCAUCAAUGAUAAGAGAUCCACUGGGCACAAAUGUUUCUUUUUCAGAAAACUUGUGGAAAUAUAUUGAUACUAGUGAAAUUACUGUAGCUUAUGAUACUUCCUUGCAUGUUGCAUAGUAAAGAAUUUGUGCAAAAGUUACAACUUCAGAUCAAAAUACCUGUACAUAAUGGAUGUGUAAAUAGUAUUUGCUGGAAUGAUAAUGGAAAAUAUCUUCUAUCUGGAUCUGAUGAUCAACGUUUAUCCAUAGUGCAUGGAUAUGAUUACUCGGUCUUAGCAUAUGUCCAGACUGGUCAUCGAGCAAAUAUAUUCAGUGCAAAGUUUCUUCCUAAUACAGGAGAUACUAAUGUUGUGUCUUGUUCUGGGGAUGGAAUUAUAAUUUAUUCCAACUUGGAACGUCCUGAAACUAGCAUGCAUAACAAAUUCAACUGCCAUAAAGGGACUGCAUAUGAAAUAAUGACUGUUCCUAAUGAUCCAAAUACUUUUCUUUCUUGUGGUGAGGAUAGAUCUGUAAGGUGGUUUGAUCUUCGGACAAAGACUUCAUGUUGCAAAGAAGACUGUAGAGAUGAUAUCCUGAUAAACUUCUUAUCUCCUGUAACUUCAUUAGCUGUGAACCCUCUGACACCAUAUCAGCUGGCAGUUGGUUGUGCUGAUGCUUCCGUCCGUGUAUUUGAUCGCAGAAUGCUUUCCACUCAGGCUACUGGAGGGAGCUGGUCAGGUAAUGGUUUUCAAGCUUUGAUGACCUGUUUUACUGUACCUGAAUUUACACAAAGUAGAAGAAUAACUUCAUUAUGCUAUUCUGCUGAUGGUCAAGAAAUGCUAGUCAGCUAUUCUUCAGAUUACAUUUAUUUAUUUGACAUAAGGGAUGACCUUGACAAAAAGCCCCGCAUGUUAUCCAAAGAUUCAUCUUCAAAUGGUUCUGAAAAUUAUACAGGAAUGUUUUUCGGACGUCGUCCCCUGAUGAAGAGGCUGAGAGUGCGAGGAGACUGGUCUGAUACUGGACCUAAUGCUCGACCUGAAGCUGAAUCAAGAGAGCAGCAAGAAACUUCCUCACAAGCUAAUAUCGUGCGUAGAAUGACUGAUAUAUUAACACGAAUGUUUAACAAUUCUACUCAGAACCGAACACAAUCUGCUGCAUCUCGAUCAUCAUCUGGUUCAUCGCAUGCAUCAUCUCAAUCUGAAGAUGGAGAUGCGGAUGGAGCAUCUGAUUCUAAUGAGGAGGAAGGAGAUGAAAGUGCUGUGCAGAGUCAGCUAGCCAAAAAAGAAAAUGAGGAUGUUAACAAUUCAGAUAAUGAAGAUGCUUUAUCUAGCAAAGUUUCAAAUGAUGAAGUGAAAAGUAACACUGAUGAUAAUAGGACUAACUUACCAUCAACUAGCACUAGUGCCUUUGAGCAUGAAAAGGAAUUUCCUAGUUCUAAAGAGUCAGAACCAGGACCUAGUUCACUAAAUAGUGUUCAUGAAUCAGAAGCACAGCCAGGCCAUAAAAAGCAAAAUGUGAUGUUAGCUGCAUGUGAAAAUAGUAAUGUAUCAGAAGAAAAGAAAACAUUGUCUGAUACUCUGUCUUUAAAUUUUGAAAACAUAGAACAAAAAUUCAAGUCAAGACGGAAAGACCUAGUGGAGAAGCACCAUUCUGAACCAAUGGUAAAUUUACAUUAUUCUGGCCAAAGUGUGAGUAGUGGCUUAAUAACUAUGGAUGUUGCUAGUUCUAGCACAGCAAAUGAAAGACAAUGGUUUGAACAAUCUGCUAGUGAUUUAUUUGGGCUUCCUUCAUCUGUAUGUCCUCAAGAACAAGUACCUGAGCAGGGUAACCUGUCUUCUGAAAAUCAAGAAGAAACAACUGCAACAGAAGUGCAAGCAGAACAAGGCAGUUCUGAGAGUGAAACUGAAACUGCAGUGCAGUCAAUAAUGCAAUCUGGGCAAGGCUUUCUGCCAGUGAUAACUAAUAUUCGCUCACUUGCACACACUCAGAGCUUAAGUUCUAGCUCAGGUAAUGUUGAAGCUACUGGGGAUGAAGAAGGAGAAGUAGAAUUAAUGAUGGAAGUAGAUUCUUGGGAUAUUGACAGUAAUGAUACAGAACCAGCAAGUUCCCCAGCCCAUGGAGAUGCUCUAAGUGAUGAUGAUGCAAGACCAACAAGUUCACAUCCUGUUGGAGAUAGUCUAAGAGCUUGUGAUAGACGUAGUGAUAGUUUUCUGUCUUCGCUUGAUGAUGAAGGUUCAUAUAGGUAUGAUGAUAUAAAUAAAGAGGAAUCAUUAUUGACAAAUGUAACUCAGCCAAGAGUUAAGAAGAAAUUUACUGGUCAUCGAAAUGCUAGAACAAUGAUAAAAGAAGCAACAUUUUGGGGUGAUAAUUUUAUUAUGAGUGGUUCAGACUGUGGUCAUAUCUUUAUAUGGGACAGACAUACAGCUGAAUUGGUAAUGCUAAUGGAAGCUGAUCACCAUGUUGUAAACUGUUUGCAACCACAUCCGUUUGAUCCUAUUCUUGCUUCUAGUGGUAUUGAUUAUGACAUUAAACUUUGGGCUCCUUUAAGAGAAGAACCUUUCUUUGAUGUUGAAAAAGCUAAUGAGAUUAUUAAGCGCAAUGAAAUAAUGUUGGAAGAAACGAAAGAUACGAUUACUGUUCCUGCGUCUUUCAUGUUUCGCAUGCUUGCUACUUUAAAUCACUUUAGAACUAGGCGUUCUUAUAGAUGGAGUCGUGCAGCUCGUGAAAUGCGAUCUGCCAAUGCAGACUCAAGUACUCGAUAAUAAAAUCAAGAGUUAAUGGACAUGAUAUUCGAGCGUUUUAAUUUAUUAAUUAGGUUGUUUAUGUUUAUACUAUGAGAGUUCUUUGUUGAUUAGUUGUUAUGCUGCUCAAUUUGUUCUGCAUUUAUAAGCAUGUGCAAGUAGAUUUUAAGUGAUGUGGAGAACUUUGAAAUUAUUUAUCUUAUGUUCCCGAUUGCAGUGUGCAUUUACGCAUGAUGAAAUACUUGUUUGGUAUGUGAGCAUAAGAUUUUGUUUUUUUUUAAGAAAUUCUUUAGAUAUGCUCAUUUUGAAAAAUAUUGCGUUUUUCUUAUGUUCAAAACAUUACAGUAUCAUAGCCAAAAAGUAGGUUUUCAAUUUCAACAACUUAUUUUCCUUAGUAUGUUGUUUAUUUAAAUGUGGUAGUUUUAUAUAUUUUAUUUAUUUAUUAUAUCAAAGCUAUUAAUUUAAUGAUAAUAUUUAUAUCAUUCUUUAAUGAAAAUAUAUAGGUGCUACAUUUUCAACAUUAUUAGGCCAUAAUGAAAUUAGUUUUUCUUGCCUACAAAUGUCUAUAGAAAAUUCAAAUUGAUAAUUAUACCUAUUAAAAAUAUUUUGUUUGCUUAUGUAAUUAAGAUAAUUACAUAAUUCAAAUCAUUUUAUAUAUUUCUCUGCUUUAUGCUUUCAGGUUUGUGUAGAUAAUUUCUUUCAUGUAUAUACUGAAAGAAAAUUUUUAAAUAUAGUGGAACUGUGUUAAAAUAUUUUAAAAACAAUUUUUAACUGAUACAGUUAUAUGUUGAAUAACAAAUUGUAAAUAAGUAGUUGUUCUUUGUAAUUUAAGGUUUUGCACUAAAAUAUAGAUUGCAAGCCAAAUAAUCAAGAAAUUUAAACUUUGUCAAUUUAAAUAAAUUGUAUAUAUUAAAUAGUGCAAUUAUUUGAAUUUUAUGUAUUUAUGAGCUAUAUUAUUAUAUAUUUAUGGCCUGAUUUUUAAUUUUAUGGGAACUGUGUUCUGAUAGCUAUAAUUUGCAUGCUCUUGACAUUAAUUUUGCUAACUUAUUUUUAAAAAUAUUUUAUAAAAUAAAUGAGAGAAGAAAAUUUUUCCAUAAAACUGCAUUAUUCUCUAAGAAAAUAAGGAUAAUGAUUUUUUUUCUGCGUUCAUUUCUUUAUAUUUCCCUUGUUAUGCCAUUUAAUGAAUAUUUCAAUGUAUAGUUUUUGAAAGAACAUGAUUUAUGCUCUUAUGUUAGUAUCUUACUAGGCUUUUAUUAAUAAUAGUUUCUGAAGUAAUAUAACAUAGGAAGGCAUUUGUUUUCUUUGCUUUUAAGUAAUAAUUUAAAAUGGGUAGGAAAAUCACUUUCUAAAGAGAAAAAUUUUUUAACCUGUCUUUAUUUGUGAUAAUAAAUAUUAUCAUUCUUAAUUACCAGUUCUAUUGAAUGUUGUCAUUCUGCCAAAUGAGCAAUAUUUUUUUUAACUGUUCAUAAUAAUUUUACCUUUAUUAAAUAUUGGCUUUAUUCUUUUAUCAAUAAGAUUUUAAUUUUUGCUUUCACAUUUCAAAAUAAUAAUACCUAAUUGAUUCAUACAUAUAAUGGUAAGCGUGUAUUUUUAUAAAACCAUGUCGGUUUAUCAACAAUAAAUGCUUUUAAAUUAAAAAUGUCUUCAUCUUAUGACAUGAGAAAUAACUGUUAAAUUUUGCUAAUGAAUAAUACUGGCACUUGACUUACUAAAAUAAAAAUGUUUAAAUAAAGGUUGAUUGUAAAUUAUGAUAAAAUAGACUAGGUAUAUUGAAUAAGUUGAAAUCUUGAGAAAUCUAAAUUUUCUGUUGGGUAUUUUAGUAAUCUAUUUUGCAUAUUAUUAUAGGUUCUACAUAAACCAUAACAGUUACAGAAUUUGAUUUAUAUUAUAGGUUCUUUAGAACCGAUAACAAUUGCAUCGCAAACAUGUCUCAUGUCUAGUGGGAAAAAACUAUUUGCUGAAUUAUUAUAUACUUAAAUGUUUCCAAAGAAAAAUAGUACAUAAAUUGAUUGGAAGUGCUAGACAAAGGGCUACAUUUAAUUUUAAUACUGCAUUAAAAAUCAGUAGAUCAUUACUAAAUAUUAGUAACAUUAUUAAAUACAUGAACAUUAAUUGUUAUUUUUUGGAAUUUGUGCUUAUAAGUAUUAAUAUAUGUAGAUAUAUGACUGAGAUCAACGUAUUUUCGCAACCACCUUAGCACAGUUUGGCGAAUUUUACAAAUGAAAGAGAACAAUUAUUUUUAUUGAAAAAAAUAUAUAUUGCAUGCAUAUAUAUUUUAUGUUUCACCUAUGUAUUUAUUCCAAAAAAAAAUUGGUAAGCCUAGUUACAAAAAGGAUUUUUGUUGUAGUGGAAAUUUCAUAAUGAUCACUCUGAGAAAAGAUUUGAAGCAAUGUAUCUUUAGCGGUUUUCAGCAAAAUACUGUGUUCCUGUUAAGUUUCGCCUCUGUUUCUUUUAUCAUAAGAAAAUCCCACAGAUAUAAAUUUGGAAAUUGACUUUAAGACAAAAAAUAAUUAUAAUUUUUUUAUAAAAGCUGUUAGAACUUGGAAUACAACAAAAAGAAUGUAUACAGAAAUGGCGUCUUUGGAAACUGAAUAUUUGUCAUGUGCAUAGUUGCUUGAAUAAUUUUUAUGCCCUGUUUUACUAAAGUGUAAUCUAAAAGUUUGGCGAUUUCUGCUAAGGUGGUUGCAUAAGUACCUAAACUUUAAUAGAUAUGACUAAGAAGUACAGUCUAUACAAGCAGAAUAAACAUUAUUAAAAGAUUUCUUUUUUAAGGGAAAGGGUGGUAGUAUUAAGUUUUAUAAGAAACAGUGUGCUAUAAACCUUCAAAAUAGAGUAUUGAAAACAGAGGAUCUUAUUAAUUAUUUUUAAACAUAUUUUUUUUCUUAAAUACACUGAGCAUUUUCCAUUAAUUUAAAUAUCUCAUUUUUUUAAUAAUCAUGCUGAAUUUGAGAAUUUUUUAGGAGGGAAAACAUUUA